AUCCCGAGCAGAGCGAUACCGAGUAGGUGUUCCGCUAGAGCUACACAUCGGCCCGACUAACCACUGGUCGCAAGGAAGCUCCUCAGCGCCAUGCACUCCCUCACCCAGCAACAACGGAAACGACUGGACGCUUGCGCCGGAGGACUGAGUGGGAAGCUGGACGAGCUGCGGGAACUACACGCGCGUAUCGAGGACCUUUGCAAUUCGGCGAAAGAGCUCCUCCAGAGCUUCAGCAACGAGGACGCCAGAUUCCGUGCCGAGUUCAAGACCCAGAUUGAAGGUCUCGAGCGGUUCAAGGAUGAGAUCGUCUCGAUCGAUGCGCUGCGGGACAGGCUGAGGGUUGAGCAGGAGAAGGUCGCCGACUACGAGAGGAGGAUCGACAAAGUCCAGGCGAAGAUCGAGAAGCAGAAGGAGAUGGAGGUCGGCAAGAAGAGGGUAUCCUGGAGGAUGAGGCUGCUGUGGGGUUUCUCGGCGAUGGUUGUGAUACUGUGGUUGCUGGCGACGGCGGGCGGUGACUACGAAGACACAGACAAUGUGGCCGACGAUGAACCCAUCAAACUACUACCUCCGGCUCUAAGAGCCGAUCGCGAGUUGGAAUUUUCACUGGAGUAGUGGUUUCUACAUCGAGAGCAACGAAGUGGUUUUUUCUUUUCUUUCCGUUUUUUUUUACCUUUCUCUGGCGAGUAACGAUAGUGGGUAGGCGUAGAGUAAUUUCAUUGGAUUUAACCCACCUGGUUCGAGCA